UCCACGCGAGACGACGCAUCUCUCUUGUCCGCCGUCGCCACCCGCCACCGUUACUACUGCUACUACGACUACUACUAUACUCACGCACGCCUCUGCAGAGCGCCGGAGUAUCGCGUACCGCGUGAGAGCCACACGUUCACGUAACACAGACACCGUGCGUCGCAAAGAGGAAAAGAGAAGGAGACGUAUCAACCGGCUGAAAGAUAACACGUUGAUAAGACGCGCAGCAUCAGAAAGAUCACGAUCCUUCCGUAAACGCACUAUAUAUAUAUUUAUAUAUAUAUACACACGCAACUUGAUUUCGUCCACGAAAUCCGAGGAGCCAGUUCCCCCCCGCGUUCGUCGGUUCGUUCAGUGUUCGCGUCGUUCAGCUAUUGUUCGGGGAACCGCGUGUCAAUCGUAGCGGCGAGUGUCAAAAGUGAACGAAAAGGAGAACGGGAAUCCUAAUUCGGUAGAUCCAGUGAAGAGGCGAAGAGAGAGAGAGAGAGAGAGAGAGAAAGAGGGAAGAGAGUAAGAGAUAAUAAGACAGAGAAAGGGACCCAGUUUUUCCUUUGGAACACGCCGACGAGAGGAGAUCCAGAAGCGCGAGAUAAACCAGGACCAAGAGUGCGAAAGAGCGAAUAACGAAAUGAUGCAUCGGCAGCAGAACACCCAGUCAUCCAACGACGAAUUCGCGAUGUAUCCAUCGGCCGCGUAUCAUUCCUCGUGUCCGACGCUACUCACGUCGACGUCGUCGUCGUCGUCGUCGUCGUCGUCAUCGUCGUCGAGGUCGUCGUCCGCGAGGUCGUCCUGUUCGUUACUGAUGUCCGUUCUCACGUGGUCGCUGACGUUACUGUUGAUCUCGUCCUGCAUCGGCCUGGGCGCGGACGCCGCCAGCCUUAGCGGCCAUCCUCUGGGCAAAAGGUCGUUCUUCGACAUCCAGUGCAAGGGCGUGUACGACAAGAGCAUCUUCGCCCGUCUGGACCGCAUCUGCGAAGACUGCUACAACCUCUUCCGGGAACCGCAAUUGCACAUGCUUUGCAAGCAAGACUGCUUCAGCACACAAUACUUCACGAGCUGCAUCCAAGCGCUGCUGCUUGAGGACGAGAAGGAAAGGUUGCAGGAGAUGGUCGAGUACCUAGGUCGCAAGAAGUAAACGGGACAUGGUCGGAGCAACGACGCGCCGCACCACGAAGGAGACACAUCACUCGGCACACACAUCCUCACACACGCACGCAUACAAGUACACAUACAUACACAUGCAAAGACCAAGAAGGAGAUCGAUGCAGAACGCGGUCUGGACUACAAGAAGAACGAAGAGGUGGACUUCGGCGCGACGAUCGUCGUUGUUCCGCGAAUUUCGAGGAGUCUCGAGUUUUACGAGAUUUAAUUCGAUACCGUUCUUCAUCUGAAGAGGAAUGAGUCAGACGUCGCGUUGGAGAACAGUGAACACGCCGAGCGAACCGCGCGUAUCGAUCUCCGGAUUCCGAAGAAAUCGUUAAGAUCUUUGUCAGAGUCCGGAUAAUUUCAUCUGGAGAUGAUAAACGACCUGAAGAACGGUACGGUAGUACUUACGACGUCUACGAAGUUCAGGAAGAAGACUCGCGGUGGAAAAUUCACGGCCACACCCGGAAUGUGCGAUCAAUGCGAUUCAUCUGCCAACUCGAGACGUGGUUUCGAUGUCCACGUAAUAUAGCGAGGGAUAUCGCGAACGUCGUUCUGUUCUAACAUCGGCGAGUACUCGCGGUGCGACGAGAGUACGAUUGAGAGAAUUCGCAGGGAAACCGGAAGAGAGACGGCGAUCCUCUUCGCGGUGAGUCGCGUUGUUGCUUGACACGACGAAGAACGAAGUUACAUAAUAAUAUACUAAAUAAUGAGCCCCACGGGGAGCGAAACGAUACGAUUGAGCCAUACAAGUAAACACUCACACACUCACACAGCGAAUCUAUACGAAUUCUAGUCGAUAAAAUAUCUGCGCUCUCGCGCACCACGCCACUCGUUUUUUUUUUAUUCGAUUAAUCAUUAAUUA